AUGGCUCCGUCCGAGAACCCCAGCUACGAUGCGAACAACCCGUCCGGCAGCCAUUCGAUACCCCUCCAAGACCUCUCAAGACCCCCGGGCACGGUGAUCGCAGAUGGCGCUGGACGCCGGGCGAGGAGAGCUACGAUUGAAGAUGAGCUUCCGGGGAGACAGUCGUCGGUUCGGGGGGGCAUACGGGCUAUAGGCAGGCCCCUUUCGCGACGGUACGAGCGGAUUGCAGAGCACUCGCCUACGGGAGACAGGAGAGCAGAAGACCCUGAUAACUUCGAGUCCGUCAGUUUAUCUCAGGAUGCGGAGCCGUCGGGUUUUGAUCAUGCGUCAUUUCACCAGAGUACUAUCGGAUUGAGCUUCUCGCCUCAGCAAGCUAGACAGUCGGGGUCUUCUCAUACACCGUUUGAUGGACAUGGCAGGAGAAGUGAUGAUAACAACUAUUUCGGUGCUUCUGAGGAUACGAUAGUGCAAAAUGGAUCAGGGUCGUUUGGCGGAGAGAACGAUUCAUUGCCUCUUACAGAUUCACGAUACCUACAGCCAAUUAGUGGUGCUUCUGUUCCUGAUGCACAGGCCCAAGCCAAACGGAACUCCAAUGGAGGUCGAAGCGUUCAUUUUGCUGGAAGUGUUACGGGAGGUUCUUCUCAUCUGGGAGAUGACUUGGAGGACGGCCUUCGGACUGGACGAAGUAGUGUACGAAACUCACACCGAUCUGCUACGGGACGGCUUUCCCCCUCUCCCUCUCCUUCAUCAGCCCUAUCAAGAGCAAGUUCUAUGAUGAGAAUGGUCUCUCAGCGUGUUGUCAACCUGAGUAACGAGCCGGAGAUUAUGGAGAGCGUCAUGAGACAGAAAUCAGUGCUUAAACAUGCCCGUAUGGACGAACCUCCUUCUUUACCAGCCAUGUUGGAAUAUGCGCACGACGUUGCGUCCUCAGAGACCUUGAACGAGGCAGGACCCGAAAAGAGGUCUCCACGGCCGAAACGGAAACAUGGGCAUCCAGCCAUAAGUCCAUUAAGGGGUAAAGCAUUGGGCAUAUUCUCUGCAGACAACGCGGUUAGGAGAUGGCUGUGUGAACUACUAGUCCAUCCAGCCACGGAGCCGAUAAUCCUGAUUCUCAUCGUCAUCCAGACGAUUCUAUUAGCUAUCGAAUCUUCGGUUCACACUGGUCGAACAGGAAGUUGGUCCUCCCCCGUGGUUGACAUCCUCUUCCUAGCAAUUUUCAUCAUAUAUACCCUUGAAUUGAUAGCCAGGACCAUCGUUUCGGGAUUUAUUCUCAACCCCGAAGAAUACAGUACUCUCGACCGUUCAGCCGGAUUCCGAAAUGCCGUCAUGAUAAAAACAAGAGAGCUGUUUUCGUUGCAGCGUCAGCUCAUCAACGAAGAAACCUGCAGAUCUACAACAAUGUCAAUCAUCAGAUCGUUUACUACCCUUCUCCAAUGAAGCUAUUCCUUCGUCAUUCCGCAAGAGCACUGAAGCGCUUUUUUUGGCUUCUAUUUGCAAUCAUUGGAGUUCAGAGCUUUAAAUCUAGCCUUCGUCGGACCUGUGUCUGGGUGGAUCCUUUGGGCCUUAAAAAUUUCACCUUAAACGAAGCUCCGGAUAAACUUCAAUUUUGUGGAGGCCAUCUAGACAAUAUCACCGGUCUGGCAAAACCCUGGAUCCAUGCCAAUGGGCUAAAUGGGACGGCAAACCCUAAAGGACAUCUCUGCCCCCAGGGCUCUUUAUGCAUCGAGGGUAGUAACCCAUACGAAGGUACCAUGAGUUUCGACGACGUGCUGCACUCUCUAGAACUGGUUUUCGUUCUGAUGAGCUCAAACACCUUUUCCGACCUCCUAUACUUCACCACGGACAGCGAUUACCUUGCUGCAUCUCUCUUCUUCAUCGCAGGCUUCAUCUUUCUUAGCUUAUGGCUUGUCAAUUUGCUAGUUGCAGUUAUCACAUCUUCCUUCCAAGUUAUCCGAGAAGAAAGUAAACGAAGUGCUUUUACCGCGGAUAGGAUUGAUGAAGUUGGACCAGAGGAUACCUCGUUUCGCAAAGUCAGCAAACUAAAGCGGCUCUUCAACCGGACAAACUACCUGUGGAUCGGCAUAAUUGCACUCGGUCUGAUAGUUCAAUGCCUGAGGAGUUCGUCUAUGAGCGACAACAGAAAAGAUCUUAUUGAUAGCACAGAGUCUGCUGUCACCGUCAUCCUCUUUAUCGAAAUAUGUUUCCGCAUUGGAGUAGAUUGGAGAAACUUCUUCAAAUCUCGACAGAACUGGGCUGAUCUUGUCCUUGCCGUGGUCACAAUGGUGAUGCAAAUUCCCCCCAUUCGCUCCUCUGGAGAUGUCUACGCAGCAUUGUCCAUAUUCCAGGUACUACGGGUGUAUCGGAUAGUACUUGCUUUCUCGCUGACGAGAACCCUGAUUAUGACCGUGUUUAGCAAUAUCAUCGGUCUCUUUAACCUCAUUAUCUUCGUGUUCUUGAUCACCUUUCUAACUUCCAUAUUUGCCGUCCAACUGUUCCGUGACCAGAUACCAGCCACAGAUUCAGGGGGUGAGGCUACUCGAACUACAUUCUCCAAUAUAUAUAACUCGUUCCUAGGGAUGUAUCAGAUCCUCUCCAGUGAGAACUGGACUUCGAUUUUAUAUUCAGCUACCGAAGCUAAUAGCUCCAGGGGCACAGCAUGGAUUUCAGCCGCCUUUUUUGUGAUGUGGUUUGUGCUCGCUAACUUUGUUGUCCUGAAUAUGUUUAUUGCUGUUAUCCAGGAGAGUUUUGAUAUUUCUGAAGAUGAGAAACGGCUCUACCAGGUCAGAGCGUUUCUCCAGCAGAAACAGCUAAGUGAAUCAUCCCAUGGAAAUCUUGCCUUGUCCAGCAUAUUCAAGCUUGGCCGUGACCGCGAAAGAAACAGAGAUCCCCUUGACUAUGGUCCUGCAGCACUUGAAAUGCUUCUAAAGGAAGCUGUUGUUCAGGAUUUCUUAGACGAAACGUCACCGCUAAGGCCCAUGGAAACCCAGCCAACGGAACACCCCCCGGAACAACAGGCAGUGCAACCAGGUUUCUUUUCUCGUAUCUUCAAUAAGUUAGCAGAGCGUGUGUUGAACCGGGAGCCGAAUCCCUUUUAUUCAAAACUCAAGUUCUCAAGGGACCAUGACGAACUUGACCCAGCAGCAAUGGCGAAAGAAGUCCUAUCCGCCGCGGAGCAAAGGAAACGGGCCCAACGACAAUACCUCCAGAGAUAUCCAAAGUACAAUGUUUCUCUUUACAUUUUCACACCCUCUAACCCUAUCCGCCGCCUUUGUCAACGAAUGGUAGGACCGGGUCGCGGGAAAACCCGUAUUGAAGGAGUGGAUCCAUACAAGCCGGUGUGGUAUCUGUUUUCAGCAUUCAUCUACGCUGCCAUCGUUUCCAUGGUGCUGAUCGCUUGUAUAUGCACUCCAUUGUACCAACGCACGUACUUUGAGACUCAUGGCCCCGGCAUCCACAACUGGUUCGUAUGGACGGAUUUAUGGUUUGCCGUUCUUUUCAGUGCCGAGGCUGUUAUCAAAGUUAUAGCAGAUGGCUUCUUCUGGACUCCAAAUGCCUACUUCCGUGGAUCUUGGGGUUUCAUUGACGGCAUUGUGCUCAUCACUCUAUGGGUGAAUGUUGUGGCUGCUUUAUACAAGACGGGUGAUGUUUCACGAGUCGUUGGUGCGUUUAGGGCACUCAGAGCACUGAGGUUGCUGAAUGUUAGUGACAGCGCAAGAGAAACAUUCCACUCUGUGAUAGUAAUGGGUGGGUGGAAAGUCAUCUCGGCCGCCUUUGUUUCCAUGAGUUUCCUCAUUCCAUUUGCCAUUUACGGCUUGAAUCUUUUUAAUGGUCAAAUGAAGCAGUGCAACGACGGUAAUUUUGGUUAUGUUUCCCUGGCACAUUGUGUUGGCGAAUAUAAAAGCUCUCCAUACCAAUGGGACGUACUAGCACCUCGAGCGGUACAUAACCCAUUCUACAGUUUCGACAACUUCGGAAGUUCCCUUUUCAUCCUUUUCCAAAUUGUAUCUCAGGAAGGGUGGACCGAUGUGUUAUGGAGUGCCAUGAGCAUCACUGGUGUGGACAAGCAGCCUCAACCGUUUACAUCCCAAGCAAACGCCUUAUUUUUCGUGGUGUUCAACUUGCUUGGUGCAGUCUUCGUCCUUACUCUGUUCGUUUCCGUCUUCAUGCGAAACUACACGGAACAAACUGGAGUGGCCUUCUUAACGGCAGAACAACGAUCGUGGCUAGAAUUGCGCAAACUCCUGAAGCAGAUCUCACCUUCUAAGCGGUCUCUCAAUAAGGAUAAUAACAAACUGAAGGCUUGGUGUUAUCGGGUUGCAGUUAAAAAGCAUGGACGCUGGGCCCGGUUUAUUACUGGAUUGCUCCUCAUCCACCUUGUUCUCCUGGUUCUGGAGUUUUACCCUGAAGUUGACUGGUGGGAGCGAACAAGAGACGCCCUGUUCCUCUUUCUAACGCUCUUCUAUAUCGCAAAUGUUGUCAUUCGCCUUAUCGGCCUAACCUGGCCUCGAUUCCGCCGCAGCUCCUGGGAUCUCUACUCCAUACUAUCAGUAUCAGGGACCUUUAUCACAACACUUCUUGCACUGAUCAACGACAAGAGCACAGUCUUUGCCCAACUUCACAAACUAUUCCUGGUAUCCAUCGCAUUACUCAUUAUACCACGCAACAACCAGCUUGACCAGCUUUUCAAGACCGCCGCAGCCAGUUUGACGUCAAUCGGUAACUUGUUGGCUACCUGGUUUAUCCUUUUCCUUGUCUACGCCAUUGCCUUAACUCAGAUCUUCGGCUUGACCAAAUUCGGGGGCACUCAAAAGGGCAAUAUCAAUUUCAGAAGCGUGCCUAAAGCCCUUAUCCUCCUAUUCCGCAUGAGCUGUGGUGAAGGGUGGAACCAAGUUAUGGAGGACUUUGCAACGAUGGAGCCUCCAUACUGUACGCUGGGCGAGAACUUCUACAGGAGCGAUUGUGGCAGUGCUGCAUGGGCUCGAACGCUGCUUAUCUCAUGGAACAUUCUAAGCAUGUAUAUCUUCGUCUCCCUCUUUGUCUCACUUAUUUUCGAGAGCUUUUCCUACGUCUAUCAACGAAGCAGUGGUCUCUAUGCCAUCAGCAGAGAUGAGAUCCGCCGUUUCAAACAGGCGUGGUCCACCUUUGAUCCGGACGGAACAGGGUACAUUUCGAAAGAGGCUUUUCCAAGACUUUUAGGGGAACUUUCCGGUGUGUUUGAGAUGCGCAUUUAUGAAGGCGACUUUACAGUUGGCCGCAUCCUAGAGGACUGCCGUGUCAAUGUCCGAGAAUCAGAACUAUCGCAUUCUCGGUCUGUGGGUGAACUGGAUCUAAAGAAGCUCAUGCUUCGGCUCUCGCACCUCCCCGUUGCCGAGAUACGGAAAAGGCGUGCACGUCUGAACGCCUUUUACGAGGAGGUGCUUGUCUCAGCCGAUCCAGAUCGAGGAAUAUCGUUCACUUCGUGCCUUAUGAUCCUUGCUCAUUACAACGUUAUCACUGACAGCAAGAGUUUGAGGCUGGAAGAGUUCCUACGACGACGUGCCCGUCUGCAACGAGUGGAAGAAGCCGUCCGCCGAAACGUGGUGGUUGGAUUCUUUAACACACUGUACUGGUCAAGGCGAUUCCGACAACGCAUCCAAGCUCGCCAUGACUCUCGUCUGGUCUCGGUACCUCAGUUCUCAGUUCCGGAGAUAUACGUCGAGGACGAAGACGGCGAACUAGACGAGGGUCAAUCGGGACGAACAUCAGAAGAUCGUGCUAGAUCGCCAGAAGGAUCUCCAAGCCGAAAACCUCCACGUAUUGCGCUUCCGAAGAUCGAGACUAACAUGUACGGAGACGAAGCUCAUAGACUCCCGUCACCCACACACUCCGACUGGGGUAACUUCAAUCCUUCUCUGACGCCACAGAGCCCCACGAGCCCGUACGAUAGCAGUACGGCUCGCAAUGAGUCGGGUGACGGACGUGGUCACCAGCGCGGUGACAGCUCAGUGAGCGUGCAGAACGUGCAAGGAGUGCUGGACUCCUUCGAUCACUCCGUAUGGGGCGAGAGUAUCAGACGAAGCUUCACCCGUCGUCGGUCCCACGGCUCAACGGGAGAAUAA